CACCUGUCAUAAAAAGUCAAAAGUCAAACAGGUACACUGCCCAAGUACUACAAGAAAAACAUGGAUCAACCAGUGUUUGUUGUCCUAACAAUCAGUGAUUCGUGUCACCAACAAACAGCAAUUGAUAAAAGCGGUCCACGUUUAGUGGAAUUGGUUAAAGAAACUUUUUCCAAUUGCCAAAUAAUUACCGAAAUUCUACCCGACGAACGUAGUGUCAUCAGUAGCAAACUAAAUGGCUAUGCCCUCAGAAAUGUUCGUGCAAUUUUCUCAACUGGUGGCACCGGUUUCGGUCCCAGAGAUAUUACACCCGAAGCUACUAAAGAUGUUAUACAAAAAGAAUGUCCACAACUCGUGUUGACAAUGGCUUUGGAGAGUCUCAAGAAAACCCCCUUUGCUGCAUUAUCUCGAGCUGUUGCAGGUAUACAUAAUAAAACACUGAUUGUCAAUUUUCCAGGCAGUGAAAAAGCAGUAGUCGAAUGUUUUGAAUCCAUUCGAGAGGUACUGCCUCAUGCGCUCCAAUUAAUUGGUGAUGAUUUUAAAUUAGUCCAAAAGACUCAUAUGGAAGUUCAGGGAAGUUUUGCUAGAAUGGAAAGAGGACACGUUUGUCCACAUAAAACUGCUAUUUCUGGAGAUCACAAUGAUCGGAAUUCACCAUUUCCAAUGUUGGCCGUUCACGAGGCACUUGGAAUUAUGUUUCGAAUUGUUGUGGUGCAACGAACAAUUCCGAACUUUUUGUCGCAAUAUGUAGCACCUGUUGAUAUCCCACCAUUUAGAGCUUCGAUAAAGGAUGGCUACGCAAUGAAGUCGGCAGGAUUUUCUGGUGCAAAGAAAGUCAUAGGAUACAUAGCUGCUGGUGAUGAGGUUUCGGACUAUGAACUUCAAGAAGAUGAAUGUUUCAAAAUAAAUACCGGUGCCCCAAUUCCAAAUCAUUCAGACUGUGUUAUUCAAAUAGAAGACACUAAACUUUUGCGUACUACAAAACAGGGCAAUGAAGAUUUAGUGGAGAUCUUGGUUGAACCUAAGGCUAAUCUAGAUAUAAGGCCGAUUGGAUGUGACCUAAGAAAAGGCACUCAACUCUUUCCUAGCGCCGAUCAUUCCGAAGUUGUGGUUAAAUCAAUUUUAGCUUCUGUUGGAAAAACUAUUCAAUUUAAGAAACCAAAAAUAGCUGUUAUUUCCACUGGCAGUGAACUUCUAGCCCCAGAUGAUGUGGAAGUUUCGGGUAAAAUCUACGAUUCAAAUACAACAAUGCUGGAAGAAUUGUUGGCCUAUUUUAAUUUCGAUUGCAUGAUGAAGAGUGUCUUGAGAGAUGAUUUCGAGUCACUUAAAGCUGCAGUUGAAGAAAUUUAUCAAUCAGUAGAUUUCAUUAUUUGCAGUGGAGGUGUUUCAAUGGGCGAUAAAGAUUAUAUAAAACCGGUUUUAGAGAAACUAGGUUUUCAAAUUAAUUUUGGACGAAUUAAUAUGAAACCUGGAAAACCCAUGACCUUUGCAUCAAAUACUAGUAACGGAAAAUAUUUCUUUGGUCUACCAGGAAAUCCAGUAUCAGCUUUUGUAACAUUUCAUUUGUUUGCACUGCCAGCCAUUCGUUGGGCUUCCGGUUGGGAGAGGGAUAAAUGCGAGUUGGCAACAAUUCAAGUUACUCUUCAAAACGAUAAUAUUGAUCUUGAUCCUAGACCCGAAUAUGUUCGUGCUUCGGUAACUAGUAAAAAUGGACGUCUCUAUGCUUCAGUCAAUGGAAAUCAAAUUAGCAGUAGACUACAAAGCAUUAUUGGUGCUGAUGUUCUUGUUCAUUUGCCGGGAAAAACGCCAGAAAAACCAGUUGCAUCGGCCGGUGACAUUUUGAGAGCAUCUGUGCUGCGUUAUGAUUUUAUAUCAAAAUAUGAAUAAUCGUAUCUCGUUGAAUUACUUUAUAUUUAAUCAAUGCAACAAAAAAACUAUUUUUUUUCCAUUUAAAUGGCUUUAUUGGUUCUAAGUAUAAAAUCGAAUUUACUUUUAGUUGUUAUAAAAAUGAUCAAAAAAAGAAAAUAUUUCUUCUACAAAAAUUGGGAACAAAAUUAGAUAUUAAUAAAAUUAAUUAUACACCAUAAAUAUACAAAUAA